GGCCUAGUAAAUAGUACGGUAUCUGUAGGUUCUUCAUUACAAAACUUAGCCAAUAAUCGUGACUGUACGGAAGUGAAGCAAUUUUCGAGUGGAAACAGUGGCGUUUAUAAUGUGAAACCCUGCCCAUCAUGCUCGCCCAGCAAAGUGUAUUGUAACAUGGAGACUGACGAACACGGCUGGACAGUCCUCCAACGCAGACGAGACGACUCCGUCGAUUUUUACCGAACCUGGGAAGAAUAUACUGACGGAUUUGGGGACGUGUGCAAUGAAUUUUGGAUUGGAAACGAGUUCAUUCACAAGAUAACGUCAUCGGCAGUACACGAGCUGCGAAUAGAUUUAAUUGAUUAUGAUGAUAACCAUGACUAUGUCACGUACGAUUCCUUCAGAAUUGAAAGCGAAUCUGACAAAUACAGAUUGCGUCUCGGAAAUUACAUAAAUUCACAAUCGAACAUUCCUGAUUCGCUUAGUAAUCAGGAUAACUGUCAAUUUUCAACAAAAGGUAAAGACAACGAUAACCUUGUUGGUGGCAGAAAUUGUGCUGAUGAUUAUUUUUGCGGGUGGUGGUUUCACAAAUGCAGUCAUGCUAAUUUGAACGGUAAUGUGUUUUCUACAGAGGUACCAAACGCUGAUACUUCUCAAGGAAUAACGUGGUUGAUAAUCAAAUCAAACUUCACCAGAAGACAGUACAGAUUUUCAGAAAUGAAAAUUCGAAGGAUUGGAACAUUCUAGAUGUAGGCCUAUGUGCCUCACGCAUCCGAGGCGUUUUGAAAAAAAAACAAAAAAACACACCUACAAAACAAAGUAACUUGAAUAAUAAGCAAUUAGUAGGCUAGAGGUGC